UCCCUCUGAGUAGCAUGAAGGAUGCGACUCGCGUUUGACCUUCAGUUAUUUAAUCUGCAUUUAAUUUAAAUUUCAGUCAGUAGUGAUUUGUGCUGAUCUUGCGUCUCUUUUAAUUGCUACAAGUGCUACAAACAGUUAUCUUCUUUUCUGGUGUUUCUAAGCUGCUACUGUGAGCUACAUGAAUCUAGGAAGAUGUCUGUGAAAAGACCUGCCGUUCAAGCCACAUGGAUCAUUGGGAGAGUUAUAGGAACCAAAAUGAUAAAGACUGCCAAGGUUAGAGUCACCAGACUGUCGCUGGACCCUUAUCUGCUCAAGUACUUCAACAAGAGGAAGACCUACUUCGCGCAUGAUGUCCUGCAGCAGUGCACUGUGGGAGAUAUUGUCCUUCUCAAGGCUCUUCCUGAACCCAGGUCCAAACAUGUGAAGCAUGAACUAGCCGAGAUUGUGUACAAAGUGGGCAGGGUAGUGGAUCCUUUGACAGGCAAACGAGUGGCAGGAGCAGAGUUUAUGGAGCCUCUGACAGAACCUACAGAAAGUCUCUUGGAGAACAUAUUAUCAGACAAACUGAAGGAACUGAACAUUUCUGCCACCUCCAGUGGAACUAAAGCUUUAUUAUCUUCACAGACAUAAUAAAGACACGAAUCGUCUGACCCUUUUUUGGUUAUUGAACUGUUUGUGAUUGCUUUGAGCCGACAAAGUGGGUACUAA